AUAAUAAUAAUGACGGCGGCGGGCGGGUGCCAAUAGUGGAAAAAAUCGAAAUUCCCUAGUAUUGAUUGCAAAAAUUCAAAAAAAUGUCGUCGUCCUGGCCCGAUCUCACUGAUCUGUGUGCUCGACGGACGACGGAGUGACGGAGACUGUGGCCGUGGAGACACCGGUGGAUCGACAGAUCAUAAGCUGUUAAAAUUUUUUAUUUAGAAAGAAACUGCAUCGAUGAAUAUCUCUGUGUCCGUGCAUAGCCACAACCGUGUGUGAUCUCGAAAUAGCCGUAAUUCUAUUCUCAAUAAGUGUUAAAUACAAAAGGAGAAACAUGGAAUCUGAAUUACUCCAAAAUCUUGAAGAUGUCGGAUAUGACGGCCCUGCGCUAACCCCCGAAAAAUUAUCGGAUGCCCUCGACAAGGGCCCGAAAUCCGUUGAUUUUUCGAGCCUUGUAGCUUGGUUAGCUGAUCAAUUGGUUUUGUUUGGCGAACUGGAUGAGAGAGUACAUGCAACAACAUCACCCGAAGAUGCCAGUUCGUUCCUUCUGGAAUUAAGUCUGUUCCUCAAAGAAUUGGGUUGUGUGAAUAGUCGACUAAUGGGUGGCAACGUCAAUCAAAGAUUAUCGACCAAGGAAGACAGAGUAAUAUUACUGGAAUACCUUAUAACGGAGCUCAUGACGAGCAAAAUUUUGGAAUCCAGUAAACCGAAGACUGCAAAUCAGUUGGAACUGACAAUAAAUGAGAGUGAGACUGCAAAAUGUUUGAAGUAUAUGCUAAUAACAUUAAAAACUCCAAAACCACCCAACAACAUAUCGGCGGACAUGCUCUUUAAAAAGCUUGAUAGUAAAUUGAAAGAAAUAAUAUCUACGGCACCUGAUAAACUAGUUGGCAAAGCUCUCUUUGCUGGAGAAUUGUCACCGGCACAGUGGGAGAAAUUGGACAAAUUGCAGGAGGACAUGAAUGUCGAAUACAAAAUGAGGAGAGAUAUGUUACUCAAACGAUUGGACGUUACCGUGCAAUCUUUUUUGUGGUCUGACAGAAUAAAGGCUAAAGAGGAUCAGUUGAAUAGUCUUUAUCACGAAAAAAGAAAUGUUAUGUCGAACGAACCCAAUGUCACGAUCGCCCAUUUAUUGGCUGCAAGGGAGGACUUGGCUGUAAUUGAAAAGACGAGCAACGCAUCCGUCAGACGAAAUACACGAAGCGGUAUUAAUAAUGUCAUAAUUGGGGUUGUACCAGAUCGGGGAGGACGUCCGCAAGAUCAAGAACCUCCACCACCAGAAAUGCCCUCGUGGCAGAAAGAUAGAGUUUCCGAUGGAUCUUCAUUUAGAGGUGGCAGAGGAGGACGUGGUGGAGGAGGUGGAGGAAGUGGAGGUGGUGGUUACCGAGAUCACAAAGAUGCCUCGAAGAAUUUUGGUCAAAAUCGUGAUAACAAUUAUCAAAAUCAGCAAAACUCAUCCGGAUUCACUAACCAGGGAAAUCAUGGAGGAUAUUAUCAAGAUAAUAGAGGGGGCGAAUAUCAGAGAGGAGGUCGAGGAGGAGGUGGUGGAAAUACUCGUGGGCGAGGUGGAAGAGUUCAAGGUGGAUGGAACCAGAGAGGCAGAGGUGGACAACAUUAUUAA